UGAAAGGUAAGCAAAACUUCCAGUCAACUCGACCGUAGGGGGCGCUAGUGUGCCAAAUCGCCGGUACCAGCUAAACAAAACAAGAAGAAGAGAGCAGACGCUUCCUGCCUUCAUUAAAGGACCUGAAUUACUUUAGACAGGGGAUUCAGGCCCUGCAGCCAAACAGUGGUCCGGACCAUGUCGACGUCUGGCGGUCCCACAGCUCCUUACACCACCCUGGCCAUCAGCCACCCAGCACAGACGAUCACGCAUGUGGAGCUCCACCGUCCAAACAAGCGCAAUGCAAUGAACAAAGCAUUCUGGAGUGAGAUGGUGGAUUGUUUUAACGAGAUUUCCGGUGACCCGGACUGCAGAGUGGUUGUGGUCUCUGGCGCAGGGAAGGUCUUCACAGCAGGUAUUGACCUGAUGGACAUGGCCGGCGACUUGCUGCAACCAAACGGAGAUGACACGGCCCGCAUUUCUUGGAACCUUAGAAAGAACAUCACCAAAUACCAGGACACCUUCUCAGUCAUCGAGAAGUGUCCAAAGCCAGUUGUGGUAGCUGUUCAUGGAGCCUGUGUAGGAGGAGGUGUGGAUCUGAUCACUGCCUGUGACAUCCGCCUGUGCACCCAGGAUGCCUGGUUCCAAGUCAAAGAAGUGGACAUCGGGCUAGCAGCGGACGUCGGAACGCUGCAGAGGCUCCCGAAAGUGAUCGGCAGCCGCAGCCUGGUGAACGAUCUGGCUCUGACGGCGAGGAAGAUGUACGCUGAUGAGGCCUUGAACAGUGGACUGGUCAGCCGAGUGUUUGGGGACAAGGAGGCCAUGAUGGCGAGCGCGCUGGAGAUGGCCGGAGAGAUGGCCGCCCGCAGCCCCGUGGCCGUACAAGGCACCAAAGUCAACCUCAUCUACUCCCGAGACCACAGCGUAGCCGAGGGACUCGACUACAUGGCCACGUGGAACAUGAGCAUGCUUCAGACUGCAGACGUGAUGAAAUCCGCUCAAGCCUCCAUGGAGAAGAAGAGUGUUAAGAGCAUAACCUUCUCCAAACUGUGAAAAGAGGUCAGGUCGUUUACUGAACAAGCUUCUCAAGCUGGGCUUCUCGGGCCAAUGUAAGAUUGCUGAACCAAACAGAAAUAAGAAUGUGCUAACAGUCCUUAUGAUUCAUAAAUAAGCUAUUAAGUGCACUUCUGACAAAGUCGUCAAAUAAUUUCUAUCUUUGUCAUUGUAAAAUACUCGUGUAUAUGAUUUUAAUAUUUGGAUGAAUCUAAUAAAUAGGUGCUGAAAGUU